UAUCACCAAUGUUGUUUUUUUUUUUUGUCUUAUUUAUAUUCAAAAUUACAAUAUUAAAUACUACUUUGACAUUUUAAUAUGUUAUUUAUUGCCCAUUGUUUUAAGGACUGGUAGGAUAUAUGUAUCAGAGACCAUCUUGUUUGCAUUUCAAAGAAACAAAUUGUAAUACAAGGGAGGAAACUCAAGAAUAACAAAAUAAGGAUGAAGGAAAUGUCGACUUCAGAAAUUGAUUGGAAACAAAACAUUUUCAAACAACUUAAACUACGCAACAAAAGAGAAAAAGAACCAUUUGAAAAUUUAAUUCAAUCAUAUAGUAAAAAUUUUGAUAUUGCUUCAAGUUUAAAAUCUAAAAAUGCACAGCUUACAGUUGAGGUUGACAGACUGAAGGAGGAAAACACUCGACUAUCAGAACAAAGUGGUGCAAAUAGUCCUGGUUUUAAUGACAAGAGUCAUUCAGUAGAUGUCCAAAAACUGUACAAGUUACAAGAAGAACUUACAGAACUCCACAAAAAAAGAGGAGAGAAUUCCCAACAGAUUAUAGACCUUAACAUGCUGUUACAAGAAAAGGAAAGAGAGUUAAUGAUCAAAGAUGCCAAGUUACAUGAUACAGAUGCAGUGGUUCUAGCUUUAAAAAGUGAAAUAAAGAAUUUAGAAAUGACAAUCGUAGAAUUAGAACAAACUAACCAGAUGUUAAAAGAUGAACACCAGGCUUUAGGGUUGGCAUUUACCGCCAUGGAAGAAAAGUACAGAAAAAUUCAGGAUGAAAAUGCUGAUUUAAUUACUAGAUGGAUGCAUGUAAAAGCAAGAGAUGCAGACAAAAUGAAUGAAGAUAAUGAUAUUCAGAUAAAAAAAAGACAAGCCAAGUUACAAAAAGAACUUAUUGAGGCAGCAAAAGAACCUGUUGAAAUCAGACCAGAAAGUGAAGCAGGUGUUUAUGUCCCAGGUAUUGUUCCCCUCUGUCUUAGUGUCUCCUUACCAAAUAAAGCACAGCACAAAUUUGAGGCCCAUGAUGGGGAAGUUAAUGCUAUUAAAUGGAGUCCAUCUGGAACUUUGUUUGCAACCGGGGGUUCAGACAGAAAGAUCAAGUUAUGGGAAAUUAGUGGAGGUAAAUGUCAAAGUAAAGGAAUAUUAACGGGAAGUAACCAGGGUAUUAUGGCACUAGAUUUUGGAAUUGAAGAAAACUAUAUAUUGGGAGCAUCUAAUGAUUUUGCUAGCCGUGUUUGGUCACUUACAGAUCAAAGGUUACGGAGUACAUUAACUGGACAUAGUGGUAAAGUAUUAGCUGCAAAGUUUUUAGGAGACUGUAGCAAAAUUGUAUCUGGUAGUCAUGAUAGGACCUUAAAAAUCUGGGACCUCACGAGAAUAGCUUGUAUCAAAACAAUUUUUGCUGGGUCAAGUUGCAAUGAUUUAGUGACCUUGCAAGGCUCAAACAUCAUCAGUGGACAUUUUGACAAGAGAUUAAGAUUCUGGGACAGUCGUACUGAUUCAAGUAACACAGAAAUUAUACUUCAGGGUCGACUGACUUCACUAGAUCUAUCCACGGAUCGUUCCCAGUUGUUAUGUUGUACUAGAGAUGAUUCACUGAAAGUCAUAGAUUUGAGAAUGAAUCAAGUGUCCUCUACAUUAUAUGCUGACCACUUUAAUGUGAGCUGUGACUGGUCAAGGGCAGUGUUCAGCCCAGAUGGUAGUUAUGCUAUAGCUGGUUCACAUGAUGGCUCAAUUUUUAUCUGGAACAUUGCAAAAGAAAAAGUAGAGAGAGUACUCAAAGAACAUAAUAAUGCUGUUGUAGCAUGUGCAUGGCAUCCUUCUGGACAAUAUGUUUUGAGUGCAGACAAACAGAAAAAGGCAGUCUUAUGGUCAGACAUAUAAACAUCAAUCAGAAUGUACUAUGCGGUACUAACACAUUGGAUUCAGUUACAAAGAUUUGUACUAAUUAAAUCUUAAACACACAAAUGGUGUUUUUGUGAGAGGUACAGAGAAAAUGGAUAAAAAUGCUUUGACAAAAGAUCAUUUUGAUAAGAAAACAAAAUUUGUAUUCCCAUCAAUGAAAGGUGAUGAUGGAAUAACAUGUCUAUGAUUUUCAGAUUGGUCAUUCCAAAUUUAUGGGAUUUCAAUUAUUAAAAACUUUGCUAUUCAGAGCACAUUGCAUGAUAACUCAACUUUGUUUGACAAAAUGUUAAGUUUUUGAAAGUAAAACUCUAUUUUAAUUUUG